CCGUAACCCGGUUGUGCACGUGUCACCAUGGUGGAGACCCGUAGUGGGACGAGCACUAGCCCCUACACCCAGGAACAGCAAGAGAAGAUGGCCGCCUUAGUGAGAGAAAACAAGGAGAGGAAAGAGCUCCUGAAACAGGCGAAGUUAAAGACUAUCGCAGAGGAGCAGGCGACGAAGAUGAAGAAACUGGAGGAGGAGAUGAAGAGAGUACAGCAGGAGGAGGAAGAGAGGAGAAAGGCUGCCGACGAGGAAGCAGCAGCAGAAGAAGAAAAAGAGAGAAUGCGUAUUGAAAGUAGAGAGGGGAGUAGUGGCACGAAGAAGGACGAAGACUGUUGUGAGGGUGCCAUUGAGGGCGCCAAAGUAAUAACCGCUGCCGAGGGCAAGGCCAGACCUCGCAAAGAACCAGUCAAACUUAAAUUCCCCGAUGCUCAUGGUGGGAAAUCUGACGAGAACUUCGAUAACUGGGAGGCUAGCAUAAACAGCUACAUUUACUUACAGCACAUCGUACAGUACGAUCAAGUCCUGGUAGCCUUCCAGGCCCUCGAGGACGAAGCGGCUAGUUUUGCUAGGUCCCUCGCGCGGGUGGCCGGUUGUGAAAACAACAUGGUCGCCUAUUCCAAGGUUACCCCUCUCCCUCAAUUCUUCAAGCUCCUUAGGGAGCGAUUCGCUGAUCUUCGCAGAGGCGUUAGAGCCUCUGACAAGCUCCAAACUAUCCACUCACGGCAGUGGAGGAGUGCCAAGGCACUCAAGGCAGUAAUACACGACCUGGUGGCCGUCACGGACCAUGGGGUGAUUGAGUCCCAAUUGGUCCAGCUAUUUUAUCGUGCCAUGCCAGAGCCCCUGCGUGGGCACUUCUUUGACAAGUCCCAACAACCCACCAUGACGUACGAUGCGCUCAGUAGAGAGGUGAUGCUGUUUGAGGCCAAGUCCAUGCCAGUUACCACUUUCUGGCAUAAGGACCUGGACAAGGGAAAGAAGUGGAAAGGUCGUACCAUAUCUGGCCAAGUCAGGGUCAAGGAUCACAUGAUCCUUACCGUAGAGGAAGGUGGUAUAGAUGAGGUCCCAUACAGGAGGACAGUAGCGUGGGGCAGGGGAGGUCCUAUGCUGCUGUCGCCGCUGGAGGGAGGCCGCAAAGUAGAGGAGGAGGCCGAGGCCAAAGGGGCCAGGCCAUGGGAGGCCGAGGACCGGGCGCACAAGGGGUUGGCGGACAAGGGAACCGCCAAGUGGGAGGUAGGGGUCAAGGUCCCCCGCCAAAUCGCCAAAGUUCUUAGCGGUCCCCACAGCGACGAGGUGGAAGGGCACCUCAAGGAGGAUGGCACCCAGGCUUGCCACAGGGCAGGCCUUGGGAGGAUUUGGGCUUGGACCAGCGUAUAUGGCAAGAACGCGUGAACUUGGGUGAGUGCGUGUUUUGUGGUGCCCCGACCCACGUAAUCAAAUUUUGUCCUCAGU